AUGCGCAGGAACAGCUGCACAGGAACAGCUGCACAGGAACAGCUGCGCAGGAACAGCUGCGCAGGAACAGCUGCGCAGGAACAGCUGCGCAGAAACAGCUGCGCAGAAACAGCUGCGCAGAAGCAGCUGCGCGGUACAGCUGCGCAGAAACAGCUGCGCAGAAGCAGCUGCGCAGAAGCAGCUGCGCAGGAACAGCUGCGCAGAAGCAGCUGCGCAGAAGCAGCUGCGCAGAAGCAGCUGCGCAGAAGCAGCUGCGCAGAAGCAGCUGCGCAGGAACAGCUGCGCAGAAGCAGCUGCGCAGGAACGGCUGCGCAGGAACGGCUGCGCAGGAACGGCUGCGCAGGAACGGCUGCGCAGAAACGGCUGCGCAGGAACGGCUGCGCAGGAACGGCUGCGCAGGAACGGCUGCGCAGGAACGGCUGCGCAGGAACGGCUGCGCAGGAACGGCUGCGCAGAAACGGCUGCGCAGAAACGGCUGCGCAGAAGCGGCUGCGCAGAAACGGCUGCGCAGAAACGGCUGCGCAGAAACGGCUGCGCAGAAGCGGCUGCGCAGAAUCGGCUGCGCAGAAUCGGCUGCGCAGAAUCGGCUGCGCAGAAGCGGCUGCGCAGAAGCGGCUGCGCAGAAGCGGCUGCGCAGAAGCGGCUGCGCAGAAGCGGCUGCGCAGAAGCGGCUGCGCAGAAGCGGCUGCGCAGAAGCGGCUGCGCAGAAGCGGCUGCGCAGAAGCGGCUGCGCAGAAGCGGCUGCGCAGAAGCGGCUGCGCAGAAGCGGCUGCGCAGAAGCGGCUGCGCGGAAGCGGCUGCGCAGAAACGGCUACGCAGAAUCGGCUGCGCAGAAGCGGCUGCGCAGAAGCGGCUGCGCAGAAGCGGCUGCGCAGAAACGGCUGCGCAGAAACGGCUGCGCAGAAACGGCUGCGCAGAAACGGCUGCGCAGGAACGGCUGCGCAGGAACAGCUGCGCAGUAACAGCUGCGCAGAAACAGCUGCGCAGGAACAGCUGCGCAGGAACAGCUGCGUAGGAACAGCUGCGCAGGAACGGCUGCGCAGCAACGGCUGCGCAGAAACGGCUGCGCAGGAACGGCUGCGCAGGAACAGCUGCGCAGUAACAGCUGCGCAGAAACAGCUGCGCAGGAACGGCUGCGCAGGAACGGCGGCGCAGCAACGGCUGCGCAGGAACGGCUGCGCAGAAACGGCUGCGCAGAAACGGCUGCGCAGAAACGGCUGCGCAGAAGCGGCUGCGCAGAAGCGGCUGCGCAGAAACGGCUGCGCAGAAACGGCUGCGCAGAAACGGCUGCGCAGAAACGGCUGCGCAGAAGCGGCUGCGCUGAAGCGGCUGCGCAGAAGCGGCUGCGCAGAAACGGCUGCGCAGAAACGGCUGCGCAGAAACGGCUGCGCAGAAACGGCUGCGCAGAAACGGCUGCGCAUAAACGGCUGCCUGCGCCGAAACAGCUGCGCCGAAACAGCUGCGCAGAAACAGCUGCGCCGAAACAGCUGCGCAGAAACAGCUAGGCAGAAACAGCUGCGCCGAAACAGCUGCGCCGAAACAGCUGCGCAGAAACAGCUGCGCCGAAACAGCUGCGCCGAAACAGCUAGGCAGAAGCAGCUGCGCAGAAGCAGCUGCGCAGAAGCAGCUGCGCAGAAGCAGCUGCGCAGAAGCAGCUGCGCAGAAGCAGCUGCGCAGGAACAGCUGCGCAGGAACGGCUGCGCAGGAACGGCUGCGCAGGAACGGCUGCGCAGGAACGGCUGCGCAGAAACGGCUGCGCAGAAACGGCUGCGCAGGAACGGCUGCGCAGGAACGGCUGCGCAGGAACGGCUGCGCAGGAACGGCUGCGCAGCAACGGCUGCGCAGGAACGGCUGCGCAGUAACGGCUGCGCAGGAACGGCUGCGCAGGAACGGCUGCGCAGGAACGGCUGCGCAGAAACGGCUGCGCAGAAGCGGCUGCGCAGAAACGGCUGCGCAGAAGCGGCUGCGCAGAAGCGGCUGCGCAGACACGGCUGCGCAGAAACGGCUGCGCAGAAGCGGCUGCGCAGAAGCGGCUGCGCAGAAGCGGCUGCGCAGAAGCGGCUGCGCAGAAGCGGCUGCGCAGAAGCGGCUGCGCAGAAGCGGCUGCGCAGAAAAACGGCUGCGCAGAAACGGCUGCGCGGAAACGGCUGCGCGGAAACGGCGGCGCGGGAACAGCUGCGCGGGAACAGCUGCGCGGGAACAGCUGCGCGGGAACAGCUGCGCAGGAACAGCUGCGCAGGAACUGCUGCGCAGGAACUGCUGCGCAGGAACGGCUGCGCAGGAACGGCUGCGCAGGAACGGCUGCGCAGGAACGGCUGCGCAGGAACGGCUGCGCAGGAACGGCUGCGCAGGAACGGCUGCGCAGGAACGGCUGCGCAGGAACGGCUGCGCAGUAACGGCUGCGCAGGAACGGCUGCGCAGGAACGGCUGCGCAGGAACGGCUGCGCAGGAACGGCUGCGCAGAAACGGCUGCGCAGAAACGGCUGCGCAGAAACGGCUGCGCAGAAGCGGCUGCGCAGAAGCGGCUGCGCAGAAGCGGCUGCGCAGAAGCGGCUGCGCAGAAGCGGCUGCGCAGAAGCGGCUGCGCAGAAGCGGCUGCGCAGAAGCGGCUGCGCAGAAGCGGCUGCGCAGAAGCGGCUGCGCAGAAGCGGCUGCGCAGAAACGGCUGCGCAGAAGCGGCUGCGCAGAAACGGCUGCGCAGAAACGGCUGCGCAGAAACGGCUGCGCAGAAACGGCUGCAAACGGCUGCGCAGAAACGGCUGCGCAGAAACGGCUGCGCAGAAACGGCUGCGCAGAAACGGCUGCGCAGAAACAGCUAGGCAGAAACAGCUGCGCAGAAACAGCUGCGCAGAAACAGCUGCGCAAAAACAGCUGCGCAGAAACAGCUGCGCAGAAACAAAUGCGCAGGAACAGCUGCGCAGGAACAGCUGCGCAGGAACAGCUGCGCAGGAACAGCUGCGCAGGAACAGCUGCGCAGGAACAGCUGCGCAGAAACAGCUGCGCAGAAACAGCUGCGCAGAAGCAGCUGCGCGGUACAGCUGCGCAGAAACAGCUGCGCAGAAGCAGCUGCGCAGAAGCAGCUGCGCAGGAACAGCUGCGCAGAAGCAGCUGCGCAGAAGCAGCUGCGCAGAAGCAGCUGCGCAGAAGCAGCUGCGCAGAAGCAGCUGCGCAGGAACAGCUGCGCAGGAACAGCUGCGCAGAAGCAGCUGCGCAGGAACAGCUGCGCAGAAGCGGCUGCGCAGGAACGGCUGCGCAGGAACGGCUGCGCAGGAACGGCUGCGCAGGAACGGCUGCGCAGAAACGGCUGCGCAGGAACGGCUGCGCAGGAACGGCUGCGCAGGAACGGCUGCGCAGGAACGGCUGCGCAGGAACGGCUGCGCAGGAACGGCUGCGCAGGAACGGCUGCGCAGGAACGGCUGCGCAGGAACGGCUGCGCAGGAACGGCUGCGCAGAAACGGCUGCGCAGAAACGGCUGCGCAGAAGCGGCUGCGCAGAAACGGCUGCGCAGAAACGGCUGCGCAGAAGCGGCUGCGCAGAAUCGGCUGCGCAGAAUCGGCUGCGCAGAAUCGGCUGCGCAGAAGCGGCUGCGCAGAAGCGGGUGCGCAGAAGCGGCUGCGCAGAAGCGGCUGCGCAGAAGCGGCUGCGCAGAAGCGGCUGCGCAGAAGCGGCUGCGCAGAAGCGGCUGCGCAGAAGCGGCUGCGCGGAAACGGCUGCGCAGAAUCGGCUGCGCAGAAGCGGCUGCGCAGAAGCGGCUGCGCAGAAGCGGCUGCGCAGAAACGGCUGCGCAGAAACGGCUGCGCAGAAACGGCUGCGCAGAAACGGCUGCGCAGAAACGGCUGCGCAGAAACGGCUGCGCAGGAACGGCUGCGCAGUAACGGCUGCGCAGUAACAGCUGCGCAGAAACAGCUGCGCAGGAACGGCUGCGCAGGAACGGCUGCGCAGGAACGGCUGCGCAGGAACGGCUGCACAGCAACGGCUGCGCAGAAACGGCUGCGCAGGAACGGCUGCGCAGGAACGGCUGCGCAGGAACGGCUGCGCAGGAACGGCUGCGCAGGAACAGCUGCGCAGGAACAGCGGCGCAGCAACGGCUGCGCAGGAACGGCUGCGCAGAAACGGCUGCGCAGAAACGGCUGCGCAGAAACGGCUGCGCAGAAGCGGCUGCGCAGAAGCGGCUGCGCAGAAGCGGCUGCGCAGAAGCGGCUGCGCAGAAGCGGCUGCGCAGAUGCGGCUGCGCAGAAGCGGCUGCGCAGAAGCGGCUGCGCAGAAGCGGCUGCGCAGAAGCGGCUGCGCAGAAGCGGCAGCGCAGAAGCGGCUGCGCAGAAGCGGCUGCGCAGAAGCGGCUGCGCAGAAGCGGCUGCGCAGAAGCGGCUGCGCAGAAGCGGCUGCGCAGAAGCGGCUGCGCAGAAGCGGCUGCGCAGAAGCGGCUGCGCAGAAACGGCUGCGCAGAAGCGGCUGCGCAGAAACGGCUGCGCAGAAACGGCUGCGAACAGCGGCGCAGGAACAGCUGCGCAGGAACAGCUGCGCAGGAACAGCUGCGCAGGAAUAGCUGCGCAGGAACAGCUGCGCAGGAACAGCUGCGCCGAAACAGCUGCGCCGAAACAGCUGCGCCGAAACAGCUGCGCCGAAACAGCUGCGCCGAAACAGCUGCGCAGAAACAGCUGCGCCGAAACAGCUGCGCAGAAACAGCUAGGCAGAAACAGCUGCGCCGAAACAGCUGCGCCGAAACAGCUGCGCAGAAACAGCUGCGCCGAAACAGCUGCGCCGAAACAGCUAGGCAGAAGCAGCUGCGCAGAAGCAGCUGCGCAGAAGCAGCUGCGCAGAAACAGCUGCGCAGAAGCAGCUGUGCAGAAGCAGCUGCGCAGAAACAGCUGCGCAGAAGCAGCUGCGCAGAAGCAGCUGCGCAGGAACAGCUGCGCAGGAACAGCUGCGCGGGAACGGCUGCGCGGGAACGGCUGCGCGGGAACGGCUGCGCAGGAACGGCUGCGCAGAAACGGCUGCGCAGAAACGGCUGCGCAGAAACGGCUGCGCAGGAACGGCUGCGCAGGAACGGCUGCGCAGGAACGGCUGCGCAGCAACGGCUGCGCAGCAACGGCUGCGCAGGAACGGCUGCGCAGGAACGGCUGCGCAGGAACGGCUGCGCAGGAACGGCUGCGCAGGAACGGCUGCGCAGUAACGGCUGCGCAGGAACGGCUGCGCAGGAACGGCUGCGCAGAAACGGCUGCGCAGGAACGGCUGCGCAGGAACGGCUGCGCAGAAACGGCUGCGCAGAAGCGGCUGCGCAGAAACGGCUGCGCAGAAACGGCUGCGCAGAAGCGGCUGCGCAGAAGCGGCUGCGCAGAAACGGCUGCGCAGAAGCGGCUGCGCAGAAGCGGCUGCGCAGAAGCGGCUGCGCAGAAGCGGCUGCGCAGAAGCGGCUGCGCAGAAGCGGCUGCGCAGAAACGGCUGCGCAUAAACGGCUGCAAACGGCUGCGCAGAAACGGCUGCGCGGAAACGGCGGCGCGGGAACAGCUGCGCGGGAACAGCUGCGCAGGAACAGCUGCGCAGGAACAGCUGCGCAGGAACAGCUGCGCAGGAACAGCUGCGCGAAACAGCUGCGCCGAAACAGCUGCGCCGAAACAGCUGCGCCGAAACAGCUGCGCCGAAACAGCUGCGCCGAAACAGCUGCGCCGAAACAGCUGCGCCGAAACAGCUGCGCCGAAACAGCUGCGCAGAAACAGCUGCGCCGAAACAGCUGCGCAGAAACAGCUACGCCGAAACAGCUGCGCAGAAACAGCUAGGCAGAAACAGCUGCGCAGAAGCAGCUGCGCAGAAGCAGCUGCGCAGAAACAGCUGCGCAGAAACAGCUGCGCAGAAGCAGCUGCGCAGAAGCAGCUGCGCAGAAGCAGCUGCUCAGAAGCGGCUGCGCAGAAGCGGCUGCGCAGAAGCGGCUGCGCAGAAGCGGCUGCGCAGAAGCGGCUGCGCAGGAACGGCUGCGCAGGAACGGCUGCGGAGGAACGGCUGCGCAGGAACGGCUGCGCAGGAACGGCUGCGCAGGAACGGCUGCGCAGGAACGGCUGCGCAGAAACGGCUGCGCAGGAACGGCUGCGCAGGAACGGCUGCGCAGGAACGGCUGCGCAGGAACGGCUGCGCAGAAACGGCUGCGCAGAAACGGCUGCGCAGAAGCGGCUGCGCAGAAGCGGCUGCGCAGAAACGGCUGCGCAGAAGCGGCUGCGCAGAAGCGGCUGCGCAGAAGCGGCUGCGCAGAAGCGGCUGCGCAGAAGCGGCUGCGCAGAAGCGGCUGCGCAGAAGCGGCUGCGCAGAAGCGGCUGCGCAGAAGCGGCUGCGCAGAAGCGGCUGCGCAGAAGCGGCUGCGCAGAAACAGCUGCGCAGAAACAGCUGCGCAUAAACAGCUGCGCAGAAACAGCUAGGCAGAAACGGCUGCGCAGAAACGGCUGCGCAGAAACGGCUGCGCAGUAA